AUGAUCACGUUAUCAAGAAGAGAGGAACAGGAUGUGCUCGAUCGAGCCAAGGAACAGUCCUUGAAGCACUGCGAGGCGCUCGUCAAAGACUUUGCCGACUGCGCAAAGGGAAAGACGGUGACGGUCCUGUGGAACUGUGGCGGACAGUACAAUACGAUGCGUCAAUGCAUGAAAGACUACCUGACAUUAGAACGGAUCGACGCGGCCAAAGCGGAUCACAUCGCAAAUCGAGAGGAACGCAAUGCCGAAGCGCUCGAAAAGGCUCAAAAGAAAUUGACGCAACGACGGACAUGA